AAGAACAGAGUUUUGUAAAAACUUAUUUGAGGUAGUGAUUGAGCCAUUGCAGCUCCUCAGUUUCUAUGGCCGCGAGGUUUUCCACGUUUUCCAGCUUCAAGGGCUCGAUCGGCGCAUUCUCUCCUACGAAGAGCGGUAGAUUUCUCACGGCGCCGAGGAUUGUUGUGAGAGCCGCGCGCACGGAGGCCAAGAAAUUGCAGCUGGCUUCUCGCAUUCCAGAUUUCCAGCUGGUUGAGCCUCUGACUGCCAAACAAUGGUCGCUUGACGAGUUUGAAGGAGCUCCCGGAUUACUGGUCAUGUUUAUUUGCAACCAUUGCCCAUUCGUCAUCCAUCUCAAGCCAGGGAUCGUGACGCUAACCAACGAGUACAUGAGAAAAGGCCUCAGUGUUGUUGGCAUCUCUUCCAAUUCAGUGAGAACACAUCCUCAGGACGGCCCAGCGGCGAUGGCAGAGGAAGCGAAGAAGCUUGGAUACGAGUUCCCAUACCUCUACGACGAAACACAAGAGGCUGCACGGGCGUUUGGAGCAGUAUGCACGCCAGAGUUCUUCCUGUUCAAGAAGGAUGGAAGGAGGCCAUUCGAAUUAGCUUAUCACGGCCAGUUCGAUGAUUCUCGUCCCAACAAUGGGAGGCCAGUCACUGGAAGAGAUUUGAGCAUGGCUAUCGACUGUGUGCUUUCAGGAAGACCCGUGAGUCCCUUGCAAAAACCCAGCAUGGGAUGUAGUAUCAAAUGGCACCCGGAACCAUAAAAAGUUGGAAGUUUCUGCCUGCAAUUCACUGAUAUUGUCAAAAAGGCAUGCCAAAGAAGAUUGGUGUCGUCUUUCUCCAACUUGGGCUUUGGAUAGAGUUUUGGGAUGAGAUGUGGAUGCCAUUGAAUGGCACAGCCCAUACUGCACAACAAAAAGAGAAAUGGAUGAAAGAUCCAAGUCCAGACGCUGACGCUACCUAUGCUUUUGGUGUGGAUCGACCGGUUUACCCGUGAGAACCGCAUCUAGUGCUAAUCUCAAAUCCCUGUGCCAGAACGAGCGUUAAGAUUUCUCGUUACCUUUGAUUUUUAGUACCUUCCAGUGAUGGGAAUUUUGUU